AUGGUGAAGGAUAUCACCUGGGACCGCGUGCCCAAAAGCCCUCAUCGGACUCCACUGGGCAAGGCGCUCAAGCUCCAACCCAGGAUGUCGAGCUCGGCCGAGACGGCCGAGGACCUCUCGCUCGUGAACGCCGAGCUCAGGGAGCAGAUCGCCAAGAUGGACAGGGAGGUGCAGCAGUUGCGAGAUCUAGUGGCGGCGGCCGCGUCGCAGAACACCCGCGUUGAUACCGCGGAGUCGCCCAGCAGCGGUUCAGCCACAGUCCCUGCCGCGGAGCACGAGGCGCAGGCGGCGGCGGUGGCGGCGGUCUCGGGGGAGGCAGCGGGCACGGCGUCAGUGCCAAUCUUGGCGGCUGCACCAGCGGAGGAGGCUGCGCAGGCGGAGUCCUCGGAUGAGGCGCCGCUGUCGAACACGGCGAUGGACUUGCAGGCAGUCCGCCAGGCGGCUGGCGAGGCAUGGGCGGCGCAGGCGGCGGCGCAGGCGGCCUUCCAGGGGGUGGUCGACGUGGAGGCCGAGGACAUGCUCGCUGCGCCCGUCGAGGCGCCCCUCUCGCAGAAGAAGUUGGACGCUAUGAUGCCAGAGGGUGGCUAUAGCCAGGCAAGGGUGGGAGAUGACUCUCUCGAUGCGGACUAUGACGAGGCCUUGCAGGCGAGCCUGACCGAGGAGGAUGUCCAGCGGGCGCUCAAGGCGAGGGAGGUCCAUGAGAUGGCCAUCGCCAUCAGCGCGAGCAAGGAGACCGCGGCGGCCCAGGGCAUCGAGGUCGUUGAGCCCAACCCAGAGUCCCGCUGCAGCGACGGGAGCGAUGGGCGUGGCUGGCAAUCCAAG